AUGACCGAUUCUAUCAACAACAACAACACGCCCGGAGUAGGGGAUGAUGUCCUGCGCACCCCCUCCCCGCUGCCCCCGGCUCCAAUGCAAGACUACACGUUCCCCGAACACCGCUUGAAGCGCCGAAUGGACGACCCGGAGAAGACCCCAUUACUGCUGGUCGCCUGUGGCUCCUUCUCCCCGAUCACCUACCUGCACCUGCGCAUGUUCGAGAUGGCGGCCGACUACGUCAAAUUCAGCACCGAAUUCGAGAUUGUGGGCGGGUAUCUGUCGCCCGUGUCGGACGCCUAUCGCAAGGCCGGAUUGGCGAACGCUGAGCAUCGUGUGGCUAUGUGCCAACUCGCCGUCGACCAGACCUCCGACUGGCUGAUGGUCGACACCUGGGAACCCAUGCAGAAGGAAUACCAACCCACCGCCGUGGUCCUGGACCACUUCGACCACGAGAUCAACACCAUCCGCCACGGAAUCGAGGCCGGAGAUGGCACGCGCAAGCCCAUCCAGAUCGCUCUGCUGGCCGGCGCAGAUCUGGUGCACACCAUGUCCACCCCGGGGGUUUGGAGCGAGAAGGAUCUUGAUCACAUCCUUGGCAAAUACGGCACCUUCAUCGUCGAACGCAGCGGAACCGAUAUCGAUGAAGCGCUCGCCGCCCUCCAGACCUGGAAGAAGAACAUCCAUGUCAUCCAGCAACUCAUCCAAAAUGACGUCAGCAGCACCAAGAUACGCCUCUUCCUACGCCGUGACAUGAGCGUCCGCUACCUGAUCCCCGUCCCCGUCAUCCAUUAUAUCGAACAACACAAUCUCUACAAGGAUGAUGGAACUGCCGACAAGGGCAAGGGCCGGCAGGAGCCGGGUUCGUCGGGUUGA